AUGGAUUUGCCGUUCCGGCUGGUGGAAAGUCAAGCUCGGGCUCACGACAGUGACUUGAAGGUACAAGACCUGCUAGACUUCAACAAGCUCGUGAGCGACGCCAAGACCGACCACGUGGACAUAACCUUCCAGAAGCUGGAAAUGGACGUGAUUGUGGUGGCAGUGGGGGACUCGAGCCACGGGAACGUGGGCAAGACGAAGACCGCUAGCCAGGCUGGCCUGGCCAUCUUGCUCGCGGACAACACUGACGAUAGGUUCCUACGUGGGCAGCCUGUUAAGGUUACCCCGAUGUUGUGGCGAUCACAUCGCAUCAAGCGAGUGGUACGGAGUACCCUGGCAGCCGAGACGAUGGCAGCGCUGGAAGCAGUCGAGAGUGGCGACAUGCUGAGACAGCACCUGGUAGAAUUGCACCACGGGCUGGGCUACCAGACCCACAUGGACGACGCAAAGGCGAUCAAAAUGAUGGAGGUCACGGACUGUAAAUCGCUCUAUGACCUGCUGCAGAAGCGAGGGACGGUCCCGUCCGAUAAGCGGCUGCUCAUCGACAUCGAGUCGCUCAGGAACGACAUAGAGUUCAACAACGUGGUGAGCAAGUGGGUGAACGUGAACACCAAGCAGAUGCUCGCCGACUGUCUUACCAAGCAGGACUUCCGCGCGGGCGACUACAUGAGGUAUGUGCUCUGGACGGACGAGUACCGGUUGACGGAGGACCCCAUGACAGAGCAGCCCUUUGUGCGGGAAGGCUACACAUACUUCGAGGACUGCAUUGCGGACCUGAGGUACAACGCGCGUGCAGCGCGACCGGCGCCCAAGCACUACCUCCGCUGGCGAAUGAUGCUGGGCCAGCGCGAGGACGCCAUCUACUACGAGAAGCUCGAGGCUCUCGAGCGCUACGAGAAAGACGUCACGGAGAAGCAUAACUUGAAGGAGACGGACACGACCAACGACAUCGAGCACCACGAGGACGCGAACAUCAUUUCGGACGAGAACCAGAACACGGACGAUAUGGCGGAUCUGGACGACGUGAAGGAGAUCUAA